AUGACCAUGGUUCUAGUGCCGUACGCAAUACACGUAUACCCGCAACCCUCUAGUCGGUUGUUUGCAUGGCUUGCCACACUGAUUUGCUCCCCCCCCCCCCCCCCCCCCCCCCCCCCCCCGGCAAGCAUCAUCAAACUUGUUGAUGUUGAAAAUGCCCAGAGCCUCGACGCACCUACCACUCUACAGAUUGACCCUGGCGUAGUAGCAAGGCGACUGAGAAGUCUUUCAGAACUCUUCAAAAAGGUCUGGUCAAUCAACUGGCUCGACAUGGUAUCUUUUCUUGAGCUACCGGGUGAGAUCCGGCAAAGCAUCUAUGCCUACGUGCUCCAUCCGAACGAGUACUUGAGCGCUUAUGUCCAAGUGGAGAAUCUAAUCACGGCACACACCGAUCGGUCUCGAGGACCGAGUUGCGAUACUCUGUGUCUCUCCAUUAAACGAUCGACUCCUUCAAUACUGCUUCUGAAUAAAUGGGUCACUUGGGAAGCGCUUGAUGUGUUACAUCGAAUACCGCUCAGUCUCCAAGGCCCCCCGGGUCCUUACUUGGCCAUCCCCCAAAUGGAAAUCACCGACUUCAUCAGCAAAACACUGCUGCAGAACAUUCAUUUCGGCAUUCUACGCCUGGACGCCGCACACAAGCAAUUUGUCUUGUCUGUGCUCAAUGCAUGGGCCCAGAAAAAUGAAUUGAGAAGACUUGAUGUCUACCGUCCGCGAACUGCUCUUUUUCCACGAAACCAUUGGAAAGUUGUCAAAGAUCAGGUAUCUGUCCUUUCAGCCCGAGCGACAUGA